AAUCCUCGCAUCAGUAAUAAUCGACCGGGUAUUUGAAUAAUUUAUUAUUCACGACGAGGGUAAUCUUGUCAACCCAAACACUCUAAUAAUACAAAUCUGGCUUCUGCUAAUCCAUCCCUAUCGAUCAAACAGGUGCCCCCCACCACCCCUCUCUCCCUCGAGUUAACAAUCUAAUCUUAGGCUUGAAGCAAUGAUUCUACUGCAGUCCCCCUCCAGAUUUCUCCUUCAAAUCUUGCAAGAUCGCGUCCAAAGCCCAGAGAAGGGGGUGGAUCUUGAUUGCCAUUCAGUCGAAUUUGGCGAUGUCCGCUAUCAUAUCCAGAUCUCCAUGAAGAAACCUCAGGUGAUGGUGCUAUCAGUAUCGCUGCCCAUUCCACCACCGGAAGCCAUUUUUUAUAGUGGGCUUCCAGUUGGCGCCAUUGAGGCUAUUAAGGCGGCGUAUGGGCCAAUCGUGCAAAUUCUUGAUCCUCCGAAAGAUGGAUACAAUCUCACCAUGAAGCUCUAUUUGUCGAAACUUCCAUCAGAUGAAGAGCAAAGGCAAGCACUUUUAGUGAAAAUUGCAUCUGUGAGAGAAGUUGUGUUAGGUGCUCCAUUACGAGUGGUCUUGAAGAAGCUUGCAUCGAAGACAGUUGCUCCUGAUGUCGAUCAACUUAUUGCUCUUGUGCACCGGCCUGAAGAAUCUUUUUUCCUUGUUCCCCAGGCAGAAAAAGUCAUCGUGGUGUAUCCUAUGAGGUUCCAGGAUUCGAUUGAUAUUGUUUUGGCAUCGUCCUUCUUGCAGGAAUUUGUGGAAGCAAGGCGCACAGCUGCACUUAAUAAUGCCCCUCCUUGUAUGUGGUCCCCAUCACCUCCUUUCGAGUUGAAAGGAGCUCCUGCUGAAGCACUAACUGCAAAUGCUGGAUUUGUUACUUUCGUUAUUUUUCCCCGGCAUGUUGAAGGCAAAAAACUGGACAGAACUGUUUGGAAUUUGUUGACGUUUCAUGCAUAUGUCAGUUAUCAUGUCAAGUGCUCAGAAGGUUUCAUGCACACUAGAAUGAGGCGUAGGGUGGAGUCAUUAAUUCAGGCUCUGGAUCGUGCCAAACCAGACACAGAAAAGUCGAAGAAGGUGGUGCAAGGGAAAUCCUUUAAACGACUGAGUCUAAAGGAAGCACGUGGCAUUUAACGUUCACAUCAAGGUUAGGGAGCUAGAAGAAGUGGAAAUGGAACCCAUUUCUCCAUUAACUUUAAGAUCUGUUUCUUCCUGGGAUGCCUCUUUGAACCAGCAGUUGGUGCAUGGAUGCUAUGCCGAGCUAGAUUGUAUCAGCUGCUCUAUCUUCUUGUCUGACUCUUAAAACUUUUUGGAGAGUAGUUUGAGAAAACACAUCAAUGUGAUUCAUUUGGAGGGGGAAAAAAAAGGACACCCCACGGACAUUUGCCUGUCAAACGGUGGUGGUGCUUAACCUAGGUACAUUUCACUUUAUGAUUAUUUUGCGUUCCAUGUAGUAAAGGGGUUCCCCACCAUCACAGCAGAGCAGAGCAGAACAGAUAAUUAAUUGCCUUGUACUUGCUGAGGAAAUCUUGAUUGCUGCGUUGCUGUGAGUUCGCUUCUUUUCUGCUUUGCGGGGUCUCCGUACCCCUAGGUGCUCACAUGAUUGUAUGGGAAGAUGUUAAUCUUGGUUUUGAGACGAUAAGUCUAAAACUUUCACAAAUUAUGAGAAGUUUUUAAUCUCCUUUCGUAUAAUGAAGUGGCAGUGCUCGAGCGUUUUCCUGUACUGCUAGUCGGCUUGGAAAGGCUUAUUCAUAUCUAUGCGAUUGAUUGAGCUGGAUCGGCUUCAUCAAGCAAUUUAUGUAAUAUUACUACAGUGACAAUGAUGGAAUAAUCUUUUUUUUGAAA